AUGGAGGCUGGAAAGUUCCUCGGAUUCAUGAUAACCCAAAGAGGGGUAGAAGCCAACCCGGAGAAGUGCCAAGCGAUACUCCAAAUGAAGAGCCCAGGCAGUAUCAAGGAAGUCCAAAGGUUGGCAGGUCGGCUGGCUUCAUUGUCACGUUUUCUCGGAGCAUCGGCAACAAAGGCCCUACCGUUCUUCAAUCUCAUGAAGAGAGGAAUAGCGUUCGAAUGGACACCCGCAUGCGAGGAAGCCUUUCAACACUUUAAAGAAAUCCUGGCGACACCACCUGUCCUCGGGAAGCCAAAAGAAGGGGAGCCAUUAUACCUGUACCUCGCCAUAACAGGAGAAACCUUGGCCUCAGUUUUGGUACGAGAAGAAGGAAGGGCACAACAACCAGUCUAUUUUGUCAGCAGGGCCUUACAAGGGGCAGAGUUGAGAUAUAACAAAUUGGAGAAGUUAGCUCUGGCACUCCUGACCUCUUCGAGGAGAUUAAAGCAAUACUUCCAAAGCCACCAGAUCGUCGUAAGAACGGAUCAGGGGAUCCGGCAAGUGCUCCAAAAACCCGACUUGGCGGGGAGAAUGAUGACCUGGUCGAUUGAACUCUCUCAAUACGACAUACAAUAUGAACCCCGGCAAGCCAUCAAAGCGCAGGCCAUGGCAGAUUUUCUAGUGGAAGUAGCGGGGGAUCCAGUCGAAGACACGAACACACGGUGGAAACUCCAUGUAGACGGAGCCUCCAACCAGACGUUCGGGGGUGCCGGGGUUACCCUGGAAAGCCCGGCUGGAGUCGUAUACGAACAAUCAAUUAAGUUCGAUUUUCCCGUUUCAAACAACCAAGCAGAGUAUGAAGCCCUCAUAAGAGGCUUAACCCUAGCAGCAGAAGUCGGGAAAUACUUGGAAAAAGUCAAGGACUUGAGCCGAAAGUUUGAAGAAGUCACGAUCCAGCACGUCCCGAGAGAAAAGAACACACGGGCAGAUCUCUUGUCAAAGUUGGCUAGCACCAAACCGGGAGAGGGUAACCGGUCUCUAAUCCAAGGAAAGUUGAAAGAGCCGGCAGUCACAUUACACCUCUCGAAGCUAAGCCCCUCCUGGUUGGAUCCCAUUAUCGACUUCUUAGAAAGCAGCAAGCUCCCCGACGACGAAAAAGAUGCCAAAAAGCUAAGAAGGGAAGGCGCCAGAUACGCCAUCAUCCAGGGUCAGCUUUUCAGGAAGGGAUUCAAUCAUCCCCUACUGAAGUGUUUACACCCCGACCAGACGGACUACGUCCUCAGAGAAGUCCAUGAAGGAUGCUGCGGCCACCAUAUAAGAGGCAAAGCCUUAGCGAGGAAGCUAAUCCGAGCUGGAUAUUACUGGCCAUCGAUGAUGGCUGACUCCAAGGAGUUCGUUAAGAAGUGUGCCAAGUGCCAAGAAAAUGCCAACUUCCAUCGUGCACCCGCCUCCGAGCUCAACUUGCUAACGGCGUCUCGACCAUUCUCGCAGUGGGGAGUCGACCUCCUAGGACCUUUUCCCGUCGGCCCGGGACAAGUCAAGAAAUUCAUGUGGAGACAAGUCAUAACACGAUUUGGUAUCCCGGAGGUCGUCAUCUCGGACAAUGGGACACAGUUCACCGACAAAAAGUUCACAGAAUUCCUCACCGGCCUGGGCAUAAAGCAGAGAUUCUCCUCGGUAGAGCACCUACAGACAAACGGGCAGGUCGAAUCCGCAAAUAAGGUCAUCCUGCAAGGGCUCAAGAAGAGGCUGGAUAGCAAGAAAGGUGCUUGGGCCGACGAGCUAGCCUCGGUCCUAUGGUCCUACCGAACAACCGAACAAUCCUCCACUAAAGAGACACCCUUCCGACUAACCUACGGGUCAGAUGCAGUGAUACCCGUAGAGAUCGGAGAGCCGAGUCCACGAUUACUCCUGAAGGGAGUAGACGAAGCCGUCGAGAAAGAUCUGAUAGAAGAAACCAGGGAAAUGGCCCAUCUGGCAGAAGCAACGCUAAAACAAAGAAUGGCCUUACGCUACAACGCCAAAGCACUCAAAAGGAUGUUCGAAGAAAACGACCUCGUUCUGAGGCGUAACGACAUCGGCCCGUCCACCUCGGGAGAAGGCAAACUUACGGCGAACUGGGAAGGACCAUAUCGAGUCAAGGAGGUAGUCGGGAGAGGCGGAAGAGGAGCAUACAAACUAGAAAGACUCAAUGGCAAGGAGGUCCCGAGGACAUGGAAUGCGGAUAACUUAAGGAGGUUUUAUUCAUAA